AUGCCUGCUCAUACACCUCUAAGCAAACUCGCUAUUAAGCGACACAGCUCAAGACACCAUCGAAAUACCCCAGACACUCAGAGCUCUACUUACACCAAGACACCUUCUCCGCAAACAUAUCGAAGUCGUAACUUGAAACUUGCCGGCAUCUACAUUGAUAAAGUAGCCGAGCUGCCACCCAAGAUCGAUAAGUAUAUACGACAUAUCCUCGGGAUCACGUCAUGGGAAGACCGAGUGACGGCCUCGAACCAACUUCAAAUGCAGCCACGUUUCAAUGAACUAGCAGAGAAAUUGAUUGCAAAGUCAAAAGAGGACGCCUCUAGGUGUAUGCUCGAGGCGGAGUGGCAGACAAACCUAAAUUAUGUUUUAAGGGCUAUCGCCGAUAUACUAGAAGGUGUAGUCCAAACAAAUACGUCUGAGAAAAUUUGGAAUGCGGAUCUCAAACCAAGGCAGGCAUCGCUGGACACGUUACGGAACAAAGCACAGGACGGAACGCAAACCCCCAUGUUCGAUCCAGCGCAAACCAGUUCUCCACGAAUCGAUCCAAAUCUCACCAGGGUCACCGACUCAGAUUAUUCUGAAUCAACGUCACCACCCUCACACGCGGAAUCAGCCGUCACAACCACUAGUACUCCUAGUACUGAUGUGGCAAGCGCAUUCCAUAUCAGAACACCAAAACCAGACAUUACGGUUGGGCUGGCAGACGAGGCGUUUACACCACAGCAACAGCUGCUGCUUACCUAUCACCAGGCAAAAAAGUCAAUCUUGAGCGAACCUCACGCGGCUGAGAUGGGCAUCCGGUUUCCGUUCAUGAUUGCGGAGACGAAGGGCUGGAGCGAGAAGGGGACUCUUAUGAGCGCGCAGAAUCAGGCCGCUGUUGGCGGUGCUUGCAUGCUAAAGAUUCUGAAGGAUUUGACUGACUAUGCCGCACGUGGCAUUGGUCUUCACCCAAAGCAAGAAUCGCCACCGACAACACCAGAAGAGCUGUUUCCCACGCUGGCUAUAUGUUUCUCUGUCGUAUCUGAAGGGCCUAUCCAUGAGCUAUGGGUGCAUUUCGAGCGCGAAGACGAGUUCCACAUGCACAAUCUUAAUGCGUGGCGCACUACAAAGAGAUCUCACGCGGAAGAGUUUGUGAACUGUCUAGGCCGGAUAAUCGAGUGGGGCAAAGGUGAUUUCAAACAGGGCAUUGUUCAAAAGCUGGGCUGA